GGCAGAGGCCACCAACGUCGCCUUUCGCGCGUUGUCUGAUCACCGUCGCCAUCCCGUUCAUCAUCCUCACCUGCGGACGGCCGGGCCCCCAGCAGCGUGCCAAGCAUCCGCGACGGAGCUUGGCUCCUUGGCUGACUGAGUGCGCGGCAUCUACAGACACGACAUGAUUUGAUCAUUCAGCCUGGGAGGCAAGGACGGAUAUGACGUCCAAGAAAAGGGCAAUGGAGGCCCACAAUUCUGCUGAUUGUCCUCCGCCGACCUCUUCUGCAUCCUCUUCGUCUUCUGCUGCUUAUCCGUUGGCUCAUUUUCUUGACGUUGCAGUGAGCGAGCGAACGCGCGUUCAAUUGCCGCCAGCCGAACCGCACACCAGCCCAUUACGCACCUCUACCGCGCUGACCGAUAACACUUUUGUUUCCCACAACCGCGAGCCAAUCUGCAGCCAAGACUGCACAUCUUCUGCAUCUUCUCCUACCUACGUUCACUCAAAGUCCUCAUCGUCACCACCGUCCCUCCGGCAGCGCUCUUGCGACAGCGAGGACAUUCUCAUUACCUCAUCCUUCCAGCCAUCCUCUCCUUAUCGCAGCGCAUGCGCAGAAGUCAACCCUGCGUCCAUGUCUGAGCGAGCCUACCCUGCGCGCUCAGACUCCCGUUUCCCCCCCAAGAAUGCUGUAUCGGCCUUCCCGGACUCAAACGAGCACCGACCGCUGAUCGACUUUGUGACGAACGAGUGGCAAAAGAACAUCAGCUACCGGGACGGCUCGUUCGAGAGCGACGAUUCGUACCCGUACUAUAACUCUGAGAAGGAUCUGUAUGCAGCACCACAGCUGCCAGAUUGGCUGAAGAGAAUACUCAACAUCAAGGUGCCGCGGAGGGUUCAACGCUACCUUGGAGGUUAUAUCAUCUUUUUGCUUGCGCUGUGGUUCGGCUGGUUGUACUGGCUUCAACCGGCGUGGGCUCACGAGAAGCUGCUAGAUGACGCCGCAUUGCGCGCUACUACAAAGGGACAGGUUUUCGGAGUCAACAUGCGGCCGAGUUUCUCAGACAUGAUCCAGAUUCAAGAACUGGAUCCGCGGUAUCUCCCCAGUGCAACGAAUGUGAACAAGCGCCUCGUAUUUGUUGGGGAUGUUCACGGAUGCAAAUCUGAAUUGAUGCAACUCCUCGAUAAAGUCGGCUUCAAUCCGAGCAAUGACCAUCUUAUUUUCACCGGUGACCUCAUAGCCAAAGGGCCCGACUCAAGCGGUGCUGUUGACUUGGCCAUGGAGCUAGGCGCCUCGUGUGUGCGCGGGAAUUGGGAGGAUCGCACGCUGCUCGCCUACAACACACUCACAUCAAAGCAGCAUCCAUUGCCCGGACCCGCAGAAGAUCCACGUACAAAGGAGGACUAUUUAGACGAGGAAUCCUUCAGCCAUGGCGACUACAAAGACCGUGCACUGGCAAAACUGCUCACCAAGGAGCAGAUCAAGUGGUUAAAAGCCUGCCCUGUCAUUUUGAAAGUGGGUCGGAUCAGUGGGUUCAACAAGGGAAGUGAAAUUGUCGUUGCGCAUGCAGGCCUCGUUCCAGGCAUUGCCCUUGAGAGGCAGGAUCCCUUUCAAGCGAUGAACAUGAGAAGCAUUGAUUUGAACACCCGCGUACCUAGCGCGGAGCGAAAAGGCGAACCAUGGGAGAAGCUGUGGAACCACCACCAAAUUCACCUAAAGGAUGUGUCUCAACGUGCCACCAUCAUCUAUGGACAUGAUGCAAAGAGAGGACUUAAUAUUCAAAAGUACAGCAAGGGCCUCGAUUCAGCUUGUCUCAAAGGUGGCAGUCUCACCGCAAUGAUCUUGGACUCUAGUGGACGACAAAAGAUUGUUAGUGUGGACUGCAAGAGGUACAGGGAUUGAGCUAUUCGUCAAAUGUACAGUCGUCUUGGAUGGUCACAGUCCACCUGCACAACACAUCCAUCCAACUAAGGCUCCUGAAGGCGUAGAUAUCCUCAUCACUUCCCACUGCGGGUCUUCGCAGGAUGUUCAACGGAGUUGCAGAGAAGUGAGAUUGCGGUUAUAGAAGGCUCCCUGAGGAUGCCGGCAAUCUGAUUUCUGUAGAAAUGGGUUCUUAUAGCGCGGCGUCUAGCGAUGGAAGGGAGUUGGUAGAUAUUUUCUACUGAUAUUUGCUUGAUGAUAAGACAGGAAGAUGGACAGAGCACGUUACGCAGGGAAGAAACCUCGGAGAUUUAAUGCAUUUGGCAUAUCAGCAUCAUCCGUGUGAUUGGAGCAUAGGCAUGGGCACGAUUUCAAGACGACGCGGUUUUCAGGAUUGAGCAGUAUCGUCUCUUCAAACGCUGCUGUAGUAUCGUGGGCGAGACGUUGAAUAAUUAAUUGUAAUUGUGUAGCGAUUUAAUGAAAGUCGAUGAUCUUGGCUUGAAGAGAA